ACGAGUUUUGAAACGCGAGAAGAAAAAUAAUGAAGAAUAUUAAACAACAGGGUGGACAAAGUUCGUUCAUUACACAACAUAACGACGGGCUCAAAAAUUGUGGAAACAAUUGCUCUACUUGACGAAAUUACCUCGCCUCGCUUCAAAUUGUUUGAACGAUGUUUAUAAGCCAAUUACUGACCCUUGGGCUGCGGGGAACAAUUAAUUCAACACUACACUCCGACGAAUUUGCUUAUUUCUCAUCACGGGUCCCCGCAGAAUUACGAAUGACGAAACACGCUUCGCGUCACCGAAGCGUCUUUUGGCUCACGGAAGCUGAAAAUACAACUCGCGGAAAUAACGUUUACCAGUUUUCAGCGCCGUUUCCAAAUAAUUUCCCAAAUAUUAACGCGAAGAGAGAGAGAGAACCCUCGGUUAUAUGAACAAUCGAGAAUGAUAUUUCAAAGGGUUUUUGGGGUGGAUAUAACAGAUAUACGCCAUAUCUGCAGGGUGUGCGGACGAUUUCAGUCCCAUUUGGUAGGUAUCUGACCGUGUCCUAAAGUGAUACGGAGAGCGUCGAGGUUCGGUAAGCUUUGCAACAUUUAAUUGAAUUCACCCCACGCGAAUUUCUAUAACGACGAGGAAACGUAGACUAUAGAACGAGGAUAAUUUCCACCACAAUUCAGCAUCGCCAAAUGAUGUCGGGAUACUGUAAUUUAGCGAAGUUGGCUGAUUGAAAUUCCAGUGCUAUAUUCGAGUCGGAACUCGCAAGGGAUGUGUCGUCAUCGGGGACUGUGGCUCCUCGAUACAAUAACAAAUUAUGUACUCGUUGUCGAAUUAGGUGUAAUUACAGAGUCGUAAAAAUGAAUGAGAUAUUUAUUGAACAUAAAUGAUAUUACGUUACAAAUUUACAAAGGUUCGAGUGUUUCAACUCUUGAACUUAACGCCGUACGGCGUCAUUACCGCAUUGCUUUGUGUAUAUCAUGAAACGGUCGUACUUUCAAUUUACGACGUAUGAAAGUAAAUUUUUAGUGGUAAUCGGAGCAUUCGAAGCCAUCACCGAAUUCCAUUGAAUAUUCUUUCAUUCAAAACCUAUUUAUUAAAUAGAAUCCUCAUCCAGAACCGAAUCCCAUUUCUCUCCGAUUUAUCCUAUAGGAUGAAAAAUAAUCGAAUAUUGCAAAAUUCAAGCGGAAUUCAAAAUGCCACCUCCAACAGUUCAUAGUCGACUCCGAUUUGAUCACUCCAUAAUUGCUUCAGCGAAGUAAAACUAGUAAUUCAAUUUAGCGGGCACACACACGCACACACAUACACACGUUCGUCCACGUUAAACCUUGCCUUGCGAUUGCAGGCUUUCAAUAAGUGACCGAGGGCCAAAUCUUCAAUGAUUGAAGGAAAAAUUUACCCUUCGAUCAAGUCAUAACCGAAAGGUCAAUUUUACCUAAAAGCUGAAACAGCUGUCUUUUCAACGAGAGUCUAAAUAUGGCAAAUGUUAACUAGACCCGACGGAAGUUGGGGGAGGAAUUAUUUUGCCCAACUGUAGUUGAUUCGCGAUUGGCCGAGGGUAAAAUAGCGAGGGUGAAAACUCACCCUCCGAGUACAAAGGCCGGCGACGCGCCAUUCGACGGUGGAGUUUUGUCGGAGGAGGAUGGAAGAGAGGAGACCCAUAAGUGCGUGCGUAACAGUAUUCACUCGGUGAACAGUGAGUCGGAGUUAGCGGGACUACAAUCAAUACGGGAACUUCGUUUAUAAUUUUCCAUUCACUGAUCAUAUAAAGCGAAGAUUUAGCUUCGGUGUCGACCGGAUAUAUUGUAUACAAUCAUUGGAGAACUUGUACACUCCGUAAACGACCAGCCGCGUGUUAAAACUUGACAACUCAAUGGCUGACUACGUGUUCGAAGAUGCGCAACAGGAAAGUCUUCCGGUCCCCGAAGACGGACUUACCGCGAGUCAACUGUUCUCUACCGGGGAAGGUCUCACUUAUAACGACUUCAUAAUAUUGCCUGGAUACAUCGACUUCACCGCUGACCAGGUCGACCUUUCGUCGUCGCUGACCAAAAAGAUCACCUUGAAAGCACCGCUGGUGUCAACCCCCAUGGACACGGUCACCGAAUCCGAUAUGGCAAUCGCGAUGGCACUUUCGGGAGGGAUCGGGAUAAUUCACCAUAACUGUACGCCCGAGUACCAGGCGAUGGAAGUUCAAAAAGUUAAAAAAUACAAACACGGUUUCAUCAGAGAUCCGGUUGUGUUAUCGCCAAAUCACACGGUAGCCGAUGUUCUCCGAGUCAAAGCCAAACACGGUUUUUCAGGAGUGCCUAUAACGGAGAGUGGGAAACUGGGUAGUCGAUUGGUUGGAAUAGUAACGUCCAAAGAUAUCGACUUCAUCGAAGAUGUCGAGAGUCAACAAAACGAAAAACUCGGUCGUGCGAUGACCAAGCUGGAAGAUCUAAUCACUGCCAAUUCAGGAGUCGCUUUACAAGAGGCGAAUUCCAUCCUAGAAAUGUCGAAGAAAGGUAAACUUCCCAUAGUCAAUGAAAGGGGGGAAUUGGUCUCCUUAAUGGCGCGGACCGACCUCAAGAAAAACAGAAGCUACCCCAACGCUAGCAAAGAUGGAAACAAGCAGCUCCUGGUCGGUGCCGCGAUCGGUUCUAGGGAGGAAGACAAAGCGAGACUCAAGUGUCUCGCAGCCGCCGGUGUGGACGUAAUCGUCUUGGACUCGUCCCAAGGAAACUCAAAAUUCCAAAUCGAGAUGUUACAUUACGUCAAGUCAGCGUAUCCGGAGCUCCAAGUUAUCGCUGGAAAUGUAGUCACUUGUGCACAGGCAAAGAACCUCAUCGAGGCUGGCGCCGAUGGACUCAGAGUCGGGAUGGGAUCCGGGUCAAUUUGCAUCACCCAGGAAGUGAUGGCGGUCGGGAGGCCGCAGGCAACAGCUGUCUAUAAAGUCUCGGAAUACGCGAGGAGAUUCGGAGUGCCGGUAAUCGCUGACGGCGGAAUUCAGUCGAUCGGGCACAUAAUCAAAGGUCUGUGUUUGGGCGCGAGUACCGUCAUGAUGGGCUCCAUGCUCGCUGGUACUUCGGAAGCUCCUGGGCAGUACUUCUUCAGUGACGGUGUUCGCCUGAAAAAAUAUCGAGGAAUGGGAUCGCUGGAGGCAAUGGAACGAAGGGAUUCGGGGGGCUCGGCGAUGGACAGAUACUUCCACAACGAAAUGGACAAAUUGAAGGUGGCUCAAGGUGUGAGCGGUUCCAUAGUGGACAAGGGAUCGAUCCUGAAAUUUUUGCCCUAUCUACAGUGCGGUAUCAAACACGGAUCCCAAGAUAUCGGCGCCAGAUCGGUUUCGGAAUUGAGAUCGAAAAUGUACAGUAAUGAGAUUAGAUUCGAAAGAAGAACCCAAUCUGCUCAAAUAGAGGGCAACGUUCACGGCCUUUUCUCUCACGAGAAACGGCUCUAUUAGAUCCGGGACACCACGAUUGUUCUUAUACAUAUGUAGGUAUAAUGUAGAUAGAAUUGAGGGGCCAUGUCUUCAGGGGCUUUUUGAAUGACGUAAUUUAUUUUUUCAACAUACUAUGUAUUCCAUACUGAAAAUUUUUUAUUCCAAAUUUACAUGUGUUAGACUGCUUCAAAACGCCUCUGAUUCAAAUUAGAAUAUACUACGUUGUAACAACCUAUCCUACUUAUACAAGACGCGAAACGCUUGUAUACACUGGUAUGCAUCGAAAACUGCGCCUGAAAUUGUACCUGCAUUAAUUAUAGGUAUACAUAAACUGCGCAUGCCACUAUACAUAUUGUACGUAUAAUCGCAUCAUCGUUAGGUGUGCCAACUGUUUUAUAGAAAACAAAUUACGUUCCUCGAUGUUGAGUUUAUUUAUGUAUUAUAUGGAAUAUUCUAUAAAUAAAAUUAUCAACGUUUA